CCUCUCUCUCUCUCUACAAUAGAAAAUACUUACAUUGUAGGAAGAAGAGAGCAGACAGAGCAGACAGAGGGAAGACGAUGAAGAUGAUGAAGAUGAUGAAGGCGGUGAAGAAACUGAAGCUGUGGACCAAGAAGAAGAGGAGCAAAUUGCAGAGCAGGACGAGCACGAGCACGAUCACGACCAUUCUCAUCACGAGAAGCAGUGGCGAUUGCUGCCCUCUCCUCCCCAUGCAUUCCACCUCUGACAUCCAAACCGAGACGGAGGCCGAAAUCACAGUCUCAUCGUCGUCCACAUACUGGACUUCCAGUGCCGUGCCCUCUGCUCCUCCUCUGCCCCCAUGGCUCGUCCUGGAGCACGAGUACCCCGAGCACGAGCACGCGCACGAGCAACGCUUCAAUUUCGCUUAUUCCUGUCCACCGCAGCCCCCGAGGAAGCUAUUGCGGAUCUCACGACAUUCCGCCACUCAGGUGGCGGAAUGAUCGGGUGUGUGGUUCAGUUCGGGAUUCACGUGUUUCGCUGCUUCUGCCCUUGUUUCCACGUUCGCGAUCCUCAUCCUCUCCCUAAGCUCCACGCGAACUGAGUUUCGUAGAUGGACGACGGGGGGAGGGGGAAGAGGGCGGCUCUUGUUCAUCUUUAUCUCUCUUUUUUUAAUUUAAUGUUUAGUUUCGUUA